AUGGGCCCUAAAAGAGAAUCAAAAAUUAACCCAACAUGAACCAACAAAAAAAAUAACAGAAGAAAUUAAAUCCUUACUUGAAAUAAUGUUCCACACUGCACAUAGUGAAAUUGAAGCAGACAAUAUUCCCAAAAUUACUACUAUAGCAAACUGGAUCAGUGAGUUUUUCAAAAAAUGGAAAGCUGCAAUGGCUAUGCGUUCCAUAGAAGAAGCAGAAACCUCAGAAGCUCUCAAUAUGACUAGUUUUUCAAAAUAA